AUGCUAGGAACCUUUGAACCCGAAGACCCAAAUGAACCGGCAGUUUAUGGUUUAGUGAAACCCGUGCAGAGCUAUAAUCCAUUUUACCUGCAAAUGCAUCACUGGAUGGCAAUGAUUGAGAACAUGUGCUCAACGCAGGGCUGGAAGAAUAAGCUAAUGAUUCCGUUCAAAGGACCAGGGUGGGCUCCUGGGAAACCACGACUCGGGUAUCUCGAUGAUAUCCCGCAUAUUGAACAGCCGGUCACGUAUUGGAACCCAAAGAUACAUAUCCUGCAGAAGAUAUACACUGUUUGGCACUUCGCUGUUAUUCUGAUAUUUUAUCACGAAUUGACACAACGAUACCACGAGUUGACACAAAUCACUGUUAUGUUUUGCAUAAUUGCAUUAUUAGUGUCCAUCACUUCCGUUGGCUUUCUUCUUGAAAAUAAACCAUUUGCUCUUCAGUUUGAGAUUCUUCGGUGUCUGUUAUUCUUCGGAGUGGAACGGAGUAUAGCACCGUCAAUUAUUGGACACAAUAUGGUGUCAUACGAUAUACAUCUCAAGAAGUAUUUGACAUCACUUUGUCUUUUGUUGUCAUUUCUUCUCACAAAAGUUGAGUGCCAUAUCGGACAGCCUUGUAAUGUGUUGGGGAUGUGUCUACCGAUCAGUUCCCACAUCUACUGCGACAAAGACAACAUCUGCAGGUGUCGUAAGGAG